CUCCGUCCUCCUCCUCCCCUCGCCGCCGUGGACCGACCGAACAUUCCUCUCUACUCCGGGGCUCCGCAGCGCAGGAACGCAGCGAACGGAGGGAACCGAGCCGCAGACACGACGGACCCGCAGGAACCCAUGACACCUCCCAAGGACACGUAAGGCCAAUGUUGGGUCGUGGUGUGAAGCGGAAGUGGAGCUGCCUGGAAGAGGCCGAGGUGGUCUCUGAGGCUGCAGAGGACAAGCAGCAGCAUGAGGACGAGGACGGGCAGGACGGCCUUCUGGACCCGUCCAGGUCCGACAUGAGCCGCCUGCAGCAGCGCCAGCUGGUUCUGGGCCUCUGCCUGGAGAAGCUGCAGCGCUACCAGGCCGGCGUGGAGCUCAGCCUGCGGCGCUCGGUGCUGCUCAUCAACACGCUGCGGCAGAUCCAGGAGGAGAUGCGCAGCGACGGCGUGGGCAGCUGCGACGUCCACCCCGACUCCUGCCUGCUCAGGGACGACUUCAGGGAGGACGUGACGGUGACGUGUCCCGGCUGCUCGGAGGGAGAAAGUCCACCAGAACUCCCCUCUCAGGAGGCCAACGGCUCCGACCAGCAGAAACCUCCGGCCGCCGUCAGCGACGCGGUCAACGCCAUGGGCUACCUGGGCGACCUCGCGCUGGACGACAUCUUCGAGGACAUUGACACGUCGAUGUACGAGACGUCGGACCUGCCUUCUGCCUGGGCGUCGGGCUCCUUGUGGCCCCUCAGCGUGUCUCUGUGGCCCGACGAGGACGUGAAGCUCAGACCUCAGAGCCACUCGACGGCCGGAAGCCUGCAGUCGUGUCUGAUGGACCUGAACGAACUGGACCACAUCAUGGAGAUCCUGGUCAAGUCCUGAUCACAGAGACAGACUCCUGAACUCUUACUGCACUCGAUGGACCGACGAGCUGCUGAACGGAAACUGAAGAACUCUGACAUGAGAUCGGAUUUUUAAGGCUCCAUCUGAUAAGUUUCAUCUGGUUUAAAGUAGAACCAAACACUAAACCUUCUGCCUCUUUUAUGAGGAACCAGCUAUGCAGCUCAAAUGAGUUAUAAUUUGUUUAAAUUAUUUAUUACAGCAGAUAAUCUUCUCAUAAUAUUAGAAAAACAUCCAUUCUAAGACACUUUUGCACAACAUAAUUAGCUGAUUAAUAGUUUAGUUGACUGACAAUUAUUCCUUAUUAAUUUUGAUAAAUUAUUCAGUUCUUAUGUAGUUUCCAAAACAGAAAUGAAGAAAAUUUGCUGCAUUUCUUUUUUGCUAUUCUCAUAUUAAAUUGACUUUUGGACCAACAAACACAACUAGAAACCUUUUUUUUUUUUUUUUAAACUUUUUAUCCCCAAAAAACAAAACUUUAAACAGUCUGCCACUUUUUUUUGCUGAUAUUCUCAUUUUAAGGUAACUUCUGGACUGAUCAACAAACUCCCCGUCCUGACACAUCAUCAACAAAACAAUUAACAAAGUAAUCAACAGACUAAUUUAAGGAAAUAAUUGUGAGUUUAAACUGCAACUCCACGUGCAAAAGUAAUUAUCAGUGCAGAUACAAUUAGCUGAUUAAUAGUUUAGUUGACUGACAGACAAUUAUUCAUCAUUAUUUUGCUAAAUUAUUGAAAUGAAAAUGCAGAAUUUUUACAGAAUUUGCUGCUUUUCUCUGUUUUUAGUCUUAUUUUAAAUGAACUUUUGCACCCAGAUGUCCCAUUUUAUAGACAAACGAUGAACAAAGUAGCAUUAAGGAAAAUAUUUGCUAUUUAAAACUAAAACUUCACUUGUAGAAAUGCAUUUUAAAAAGCAGAAAACCUGUGGUGUCUCCUCUGACAGGUUGUAGAAACACACCUGGUCGGUCCUGGGCUUCAAAACGGGUUUUCGUUAUGAGUAGAAGGUGAUUAAUCAGCAGUCAGACUAGAUCAGACAUGAUGAGACAUCGCUGCUCACCAAAACUACUAUUGCAACACGUGCAGGAGGAGUUCUGUCAUGUGCAGCCUUAGGAAAAAAAGCAGAAUUCUAAUUAAUUUACUGUAAAUGCAGAUGGAACUUUAAAUCUCCUUGUAUUUCUGUCACUUUGCUCUCCUGGUUUUUGUACAUUUUAAGUGAAAGCGGCAGCAGAAGCAACCUGAGCUGCUGCAGUUUGUGCGUCACUCGGUCUGUCAGAUCACAGCCGGGUUGAUUAUUAAUUGAAAUCCCUUCAAUUACUUAAGAGGGCGUGCUUCAGCUUCAGGCAGCCGGGAGGGCAAAGGCCGGGGUUUCCUUUCAGUAUCGGCACUGAACGGAUCGUUGUGCGCCGAAUUGGACCUUUAAAACUGAAACUGACAUCAGGUGAAAGUCUCUGUGGCAACAUCUUUAUGUUUAUUUGAGAGGAGAAUGAGGCUGAACUGUUGUCGGAGCGCAUUUUAUCUAAUAUUAUUCUUAUUUAUAAAUGAAAAAUCAACCGGAAGCAGCAGCAGACGUUCUUGUUUUAGAGCCUUUUGCUUGGGUGUGAGUGUAACUUAUAAUUUAGUUUCUUUACGACCGUGCAAACAGACAAGAAAUACAGUUUUUUUUCCCUCUAUCGGCAGCUUGUAUUUAAAUCCAACACGGACGCAGCUUCAAAUAUGUAUGUUUAACCCUCGUGUCGUCCUGCGGGUCAAAAUUGACCCGUUUUAAAGUUUUAAAAUAUGGGAAAACUACAUUUUUCACAGUGAAACUUCUGAUGUCCACAUUUUCAAUAUUUUUGGGAAAUUUUUGAACAUUUUUUGGUGGCAAAAAAAGAGAAAUGUUUAAAAAAAUCAACCAAAAUCCGCAAGUUCGCUCGAUUUUGGUUGAUUUUUUUGUGAAUGUUCUUAAAGAAAAUAGAAGUUUUACUGAUAUACAUGUAAUCACUUUAGAUAUUUUAAGGAUUUUUUUGGAAGAUUUCUACUCAUUUUUUGAAAAUAUUUACAAGAACUUUCUUGCCACAUUUGUUUUUUUUUGUUUGUUUUUUUUUAAAAAUAAAAUUAAAAGGAAUGACUGGAAUUUUCUUCCUGAAGGUUUUGCAAAUUUUCAGAAAUUUGGGGAAUUUUUUUUGCUGAAUUUUUGGAUUUUUUUCAGACAAGGAAAUAAUAUUUUUCGGUGCCCGUAAAUGAGGACAACAGGAGGGUUAAACAGCAAUGACCGAGGAGCUGAUCGCCUCGAGUCACUUCUUCUUCACCGUGUCUCAAAAAUUGUAAACGGGCGCUUGUGUGUUUUUACGGCCUUCUGAUGAGUUUUUACUGUGAUGUUGGGGAUGUUUUAUAACAGUUUUCUAGGCGUUUCUACCUGAAACCCCUAAAAGAGCUCGAAUCGGAUGCUCGACCUUCACCUGUCUGUGGUUUACUCCUGUUUCUACCUCCUGGUUGUUGUUAGUUUACCUGGACACUCCUGUUUUUUUUGUUUUUUUUUUUACACCGUGAGCCAUGUACAGACAGAAAACAAACUCUACUCUUUCCUGUCCGACCAAAGCGACCCGUCCUCGUCUGCAUCUCUUGCGUGCCUUACUACUGACGUUUGCUUUUUUUGUGGAGUUUCAUUGAUAAAGCGCUCGAAAAGCCAUCUCCGUUUCUUUCCCUCUUCUUUGCCUUUUUUUUUUCCCUUUUUCUUGCCGAACACUGCGGGCGUAUGAGCUUAAUGCAUCCUGACAGGCUGACAGUGAACUAGCUGAGGGAGGAGGUGGCGGCGGCGAGGGCCUGGAGGGAAAAAUAAGAGGAGGAGGAGGACGUGGAGGAGGAGGAGGAGGGUAGGAGGAAGCAGUUUGCGUCACUUGUUCAGUAGGAGGAGUUUGCAGCUUGUUUUUUUUGCUCAGACUCGCCACUGACCAAUCGUACGAGUAGUGGCUCACCGCUGCUACUGACAACUUGUUUUUGCACAGACACACAAUCGGUUUCAGUCUGAGAAACAAAACAAAAAAAAACCAAACAAAAACACCACUUUCUCCGGUUUUGUUUUUUUCUUUUUACAUAAUCUGUAAUCUGCAGGACUGAACACAACCAAGCAGGCGGCUGCAGUGUUAUUUAUAAACGUAUGAAAGCACAAUCUGUAUGUUGUUGAUUCUGAUGUGUCUGAAGGAUGCUGGGUGAUGAGAUGAUAAUUAUAUAAUUAUAUAAUUAUAAUUAUAAUAAUGAUGUAUUGUAUUUUUUCUGUGGAAUAUUUUAUAGAUUUUAUCCAAUAAUACAGUUAAAAAAAUA